CUUGUCUCGUGCCUUUCCCACCCUCGGUAUUCUCACAGUUAGUGCAGUGUGCCUUGUACCGUGAGGCUGUGGACGGGAAGCGCCCUCCUUUCCCUCAAAGUCUAGGCAGCCCCUCGCCCCCUGCUGAAGUCCAUCGUUAGCGACUUGCAGCACACGAUAGUCCUUCUGGCCUCGCUUCUGCGGAAAUGCGCCAGUCAUGGCCCGUCUGAAUACCCAGGCUGUAUCGUCUGAUACAGAGAACGAGAGGCUCACAAGCUCCCCAGCCAGUCAUACAGACGCUGCCUCUCAGACACGCCCCUCAACCAUCGAGGCGUCCGGCUCCGAUAAAGAGAACGAGCAUCACACUGCGAGCAGUCACAAGAAGAGAAAGAGUGCCACAGCCCAUAUGACAGAUAUGACUCCCGGCGGCUCACGAAAACGAAGAAGAACGGGCGGGCAAGAACCACAAACCCCAUCGGCCCACCAAUACUAUGAUCCUGACCAGAAUCCCGAAGAACGACGCCAAGUCCGUAAAGGUCUGCGCAGUCUUUUCGCAAAGCUACAUGAUUCCAGGGCAGAGUAUCUUCGGCCUGAUUCAAAAGGCCUCGAGGAGACUCUCAGGACAGCAGACGAGCUUUACAAGAAUGUCAAGCAAACGUCUGAGGCAACCAUUGAUUCGCGGCUACUUGUCGAGACUGCAGACCUGUCUUACCGAAAGAUCAACAAUCUGACGCUGGGUGACGGGACGAUCGGCAUUGAUGUCGACGAUUUCGUCACAAAAUGCAUCAUGUUCAUGAAACAGGGUCAUGAGCCUGAAGCGGCCUACCGUGAUGCCCCUCCCAGCACUCAAACUCAACGGCGAAGACGGCGUCAUGAUGCGGAUGAAGAGGAUGAGGGUGAUACCAUGAACUGGGAGUAUUUGGGGAGGAGCGGCUGCUUCCUGUACAACUCACGCCCUUGCUUGACCGGCUUUCUCCUUGGCCCGCUGUCGGUUCAAAAGAAGGCUCGGCAGCAAACCCAGCGGAAAGCUCGCGAGGCUCGUACUGAACUCACCCAAGCGGUGCGUCCGGUUCAGCUGGGCGACGAAGACCUUGAGAAGCAAGAAUCGGCCAACCUCACCGAGAUCUGCACCGAGAUUGCACGACUCUUGCAAAAGGCUAUGUUUACUGGAAUGAAGAACGCAGAAAAAGAAGUCGACGAAGCAGACGAGACUCUUUCGGAGGAGCAAACGCGAGAGAUCCUGCGAAGAAAUGUAAUUGCCGACAACGGGUGUGUACCACUAUUCAACUUCUGCGUCAACCCAAAAUCUUUUGGCCAGACCGUCGAGAACAUGUUUUACGUGAGUUUUUUGAUCAAGGAAGGAAAAGUUGCCUUAGACUUUGACAGCCAUGGACUGCCAACACUCGGCCUCGAGCGUCCCAAGAGUCUCGCAGAGAGGCAGGAAACACAGCGCAACCAAGCCAUCUUCACCCUCGACUUCGACGUCUGGGAAGAUAUCAUUAAGACUUUUGGCAUCGAGAAGAGUGUCAUUCCUCAUCGAAGGGAGGAGAAGUAUGAUGAUGGAAUACUCGACUAUGCGCACAUGGAGGAUGACGCCGACCGCAGGGAGGAAGAACAGGAAGAUUCAGAUGCCUACUCCUAAGACAGAGGUUGGUUUUAUGGAUGUUGGGUAGAUGGGGUAUGGUGCGAUUUUUGUCUUUUUGCGGCGAAGCAGGCCAUAUUGUUUGUUCUCGUGCCGUGGAUUCGGUGCUUUGUCUUUGCCUUCUGUUUAGCCCUCAACCUGUCAUGAGAUGAAUGAAAGAAUUCGGCACACCGCGAGCCGAGCCCCCAGUCUGAUACUAGCUUGCAGGGCAUGGAUGUUACCUACCUCGCCUCGACAGGUAUACUGUACCAUAGCCUCUCGUGUGGAUAGUUGGAGAAGUGAUUAGAGGAUCCCC